ACGGCCAGCGGGGUUCCUGCCGUGUGCCGGGCUCCCGGCCACCGGGGCUGCGCCAGGGGGUCACCGUGCCCCGCAGCCGCUGGCCUGGCGGUGCCACCGGGCAGGGCGUGGGGGUCCCCGGGGGCGCACGUGCGGCGGUGGCUGCGCCUGUGUGCGGGCGGGCGCGUGGCUCUGCCGAGGCUCCGGCAAGCGCGUGGCUGCGGGGUCCCCCCGGCCCCCUGCGGCGGGGACCCCCCGGACCCCCGGUACCAUGCUGGGUGGUCCGGACCGGGGCGCGGGGCGCCUGCGGAUCUGCGAGCGGACCAAGCUUCUGCUGGUGGAGAUCGACACGGUGGCGUGUUGCAGCCCGGCCGCCGGCAUGGCCGCGGGGUGCCGGCCCACGCCCCCCUGGACCUACCGCCGCAUCGCCGGGGAGUACGCGUACCUGGAGAAGCGCUUCGUGGCGGAGCUGGCCCCCCCCUGGCCCCCGGCUCCCCCCUGCCGCCUGCAGGACUUCGCCACCCCGUCCCCCCCGGGGCGCGAGACCCGGGCCUGGGUGCCCCCUACCCGCUGCCCCCUGGGACAGCCCGAGGGGACGGGGGGCAGCGGAUCCCGGGGCCGGCACCCCUCGUGUGCUCCCCGUCCCCCGCUGCCGGGGGGCAGGCUGGGCCCCCCCAGCUACGAGGCCCACAUGCAGAGGGUGCAGGCGGCGCAUACGCGCCGUGGGGGGCCGCCCCCCUACAUCUCACCCCCGGCCUACGACGCUCCCCACCGCACCCUGCAGCUCCGGCCCCCCCGGGGACCGCGCAGCCCCCCACCAGCACCCCGGGGCCGCGGGGCUGUGCCGGGGGGCUGGAGCCACACGCUGCCCCGGGCGGCCACCGAGGCUGGGCACUGGCGGCCCCGUGGGAUGCAGCCGCCCCCGGGGGGGCCCAGCACCCCCUGGCACAGCCAGACACUGCCCCGGGCGGCAGCUGGCCGGGAGCGGGUCCCAGGGCGUGGCAGGGGGCGGCGGGGGACGGGGGGGCACGUCCUUAUCGACGCCACCCGUGUGGUGGUCCGGGCCCAGUACGUCCCCCCUCCGCAGCGGCAGCAGGUCCGCUACGCUGGGGGGUCUCCAGCGCCCACCGCCCCCCCAGGCAGCCCCCCUGCAGUGCCCGGGGCUGCCACCUCCCCAGCAGCCCCCUCACCCCCACGGGAGGCCCCCAGCAGCCCCCGCAGCCCCUGGAGGAGCCCGGGUGGCUGUGGGGGUCCCCGGGGCCGGCCCCCGCCACGGCGGCCGGUGCUGUACGCCCAGGCGCUGCGCGAGGCCGUAUCCCGCAUCCGGCGGCACACGGCGCCCGACUCCGACUCGGAGGCGGAGGGGGGCGCGGGGGGGGUCCCGGUGGCGGCACUGCCGCGACGCCCACGCCUACAGCAGCAGCAGCAGCAGCCUGGAGAGCACCGGGGCCCCCCCGGGGGCUGCCAGCCCUCCCCGAGCCUGAGGGGUGGGGCUUGGUGGGGUGUGGUGCCCUCAGGGUGGAGCUUAGCAGGGUGUGGUCCAUCUGGGGUGGGGCUUGGCAGGAGCCCCCCCACGCCCCAGCCCUGCCGGGGGGGCCCAGCCCACAGCAGGCCCUGCUUGCGGCUGCCAUCCAGCUGUUACCCAGCUUCCCAGAUGUGA